AUGGCCGACAAUAUCAAGAAACUCCUUACAGACGACGGCAUCUUACCGCAAGAUGCUGCUAAAAAGAUUGCGGGCUCGUGCAUAAAUGCAAUCGAGAAGAAUGAAGACGACUCCAAGAUUGAGGAUGAACUUGAUGCGCUGUGGUCGGGCAUCCUUACCGCUGCCGAGCAGACCCCUCAUGAUCGACAAGAUAAGCUAGUGCAAAUCGUGCAGGCGAUAAAGGGACUUUCGCCAGCUUCCGAAAAGGCCAAGAAGAUUUCUGUUUGGGGUGAGGAGAAGCGCUGGGAUGAGCUGCCCAUGUUUGGGGGCAAGGCACGAGAGCAACUCGACAUUGCCCAAGAAAAGUCCGAUGAGGCGUGCGUCAACAUCAAUGCAUUCUUUGCUCGGGUCACUGCGGCUGGAAUUGAUGACUUUACUCUCUACGCUAUCUGGACAUUACGCGAAGGCCUUGAGGACCCUGCGGCCGGUGACAUCGCUAAGCAGACUUCUCCCAAACUACUCAAAGCUGCUUCGGUCUGGUUCGUCUAUGCUAGCGACAUACUGUCAAAGGCGACCAAAGAAGGAAAGCAAUUUGAUGGAAAGAUGGCCAAACCUGGUGCCAGUCUAAAGGAUGGUGCUGAAUGGAGGGGAUUCUGUCAGGAUAGAUGGAACACUUGGAAAGAAAGGCUAUCGUCACUGAACAAUGCUGACCUGCCUGAGGAUACCAAAACCCUCAUAAACCAAGCAGUAGAUGUUCUCACUUGUACAUAG